CUCCAUGUCCUGCAACUGGAGGGCACUAAUUAUAACAGUUUCCCGCAGUUUGUCAAACAAGUGGAGGCCAUAGUGGGUGACCAGGGUAUAGAUACCCUGAUAAAUAACGCGGGUAUCGCUAUUACAACAUUUCUGGAUUCAGUGACCGCUGAGGAUAUGCUUAAGAAUUUUGAAGUGAAUUCUGUGGCACCGCUUAUGUUAACCAAAGCAUUGCUGCCAUUGCUUAAGACAUCAGCACCAUCUCGAAAGACCUCGGUCAUUAAUAUAUCAUCCACUCUUGGGUCUAUUGAGCUAAAUACUGAACCCGAGGUCAACAUAUACCCUGAUGCCAACGUAUACCCGUACCGUACGAGUAAGGCUGCACUCAAUAUGAUCACCAAAUGUCUGGCGGUUGACCUCAAACCACACAAUAUCCAUGUGAUCAGUAUAUGUCCGGGUCAUCUGAAAACAGAUAUGGGUGGACCUAAUGCUGCGUUGGAAGUGAGCACCGGUGUGUCGGGUGUGAUGAAUGUUAUUAAGACCAUGGUCACUGAUGAUAAUUUGGGAAAACUCAUUAAUCAUGAGGGCUCAAUAGUACCAUAU